AUGUUGGACUCAUCAGUGGCUGACCAAAUGACUCGGCUGAAGCUCAAACUCUUGGAAAAGGCAGCAGCUGAAGGUGGUUGGCACCUGCCAGCACUCAGGCGGCUCCUGCCUGCAGGAAGGAAGCUCCAGGACCCCAGGGCAGCCCCGCUCAAACUCGAGGCUGAGAGAGAAAACCUGGAAGACAGUCUGGAGCCAGCCCUGGCUGCACCAAGGAGCUAUGAUGGAGAAGAUGGCGUUCUGCAGAGUGCCCUGAGGAGGAGGAAAGACCUUCUACACAAGCUGCGGGAGCAGCAUCUCCUAGAAGAGCUCUCCAGGCCUUACACAUGGGGAGGGAACCACAGAAGAAGCUACAGACCGGAGGUGCCCCCAGAGGUGCCUCCAGUUCAGAUCUACCCACCCUUCCCUGCAGGGCCUCAGCCAGAGCAGCCCAGGAUCAUCCAGCAGACAGUACCCCAGCCCCCAGCGACCAUCAUCCAGCAGCUGCCUCAGCAGCCCCUCAUCACUCAGAUCCCCCCACCCCAGGCCUACCCUGCUCCGAGGGCAGGAAGCAUCAAGGAAGACAUGGUAGAGAUGAUGUUGAUGCAGAACGCGCAGAUGCACCAGAUCGUUAUGCAGAAUAUGAUGCUGAAAAUCAUGCCAGCCCCAGCAUCUCCCACCCCUGAAGUGAACCCGCUUUGGCUUCGGCCUGCUCCGCAGGAUACCCAGUUUGCAUUACGAGCUGAAAAGCCAAGGGCUUCUUCAGUCCACCAUCAUCACCAUUACAGCCCCCCUGGCCUGCAGGCUCUCCCUGCCCCACUGCCCCCGGUGGGCUACCCCAUAUGGCCUUCCCUGCUUCCAGCCCAGGCCAUGACACAGGCCCCAGGCUUCCAGCCCGCCAUCCGGCACAUGAUGGGACCCACCACCACCAUGCCUGCCCUCAACACGGUAGCAUCCGAAGGAGCCCUCCCCGGUCUGCCCUCAGGCUUGUAA